GGUUGUUUAACGUAAGUAAUCCGUCAUAAUUACUUAUUUUGCCAUGCUUAAUUGUGCACGAUAAAGUCCUGGUGAAACAGAUAUAACAUUGCUUUUGUGUUUGAAUAUUUAAUUGAGCUAUGGAUAUAGACUGGAGUCAGGAACAGAAAGAUGCACGAGCGGAGUUGGAAGCAAUUGGACGUCAGCAGAAGAGAAGAGACGCCCAGCCUCUCCUGCUCUGUCGGUUCAUCACACGCUGGCCGGUGAAAGCAUUCUUACUGACUUUGCUUGGGCAUCUGUCUAUGAUUGGAAUUUCCGGGAUUCUUUAUCUGUCCGGGUACGACAUCUUGCCUUUAUUCUUGGAUGACGUCCCGAUGCGUCUUGUAGAUGAACCGUGGGACGCCAGAUGGUUCGCAUGGGUAGACAGAACCAAGUAUGACGGCUAUUACACACGCGGUGGUACAGAUGCAGGGUUUCGAACUUCGGAAGACUGGUACAGUGCUAUAGACAUGUAUUUCGAAGAUGUUGCAGGAGAUAAUAUUUUCACAAAGGAAUCAUUGUUGAAAAUGAAAGAAAUUGAAGACGAUUUAAUGAAUGCGAAAGAUUAUGGCAAAUUUUGCAAAUUGGAUGCCAAAACACGGCAAUGUGUUAAACCAUUAUCUGUGCUUCGGUACUUUGACGGAACGUUUCUAAAUAUAAACUCUGCUUUUGAUGACGAAAACUAUGACAAUAUUAAAGGAGUACUGUAUGAAGCUUCAACAAACAACGCGACGAGGAACGAAUUUCGGUUCUUUCUUGCUAAUAAACACGAGGUUUCUCAGAACGGAGUUAAGACCAAGAUGACACGGUCAAUUUUUUCGUUCGGAAUACCGCACGAGACAUUUAGUUCUACUGAUUUAAAAAUGGAAGCAGAAAUAUACGCCGGGGAAAACAUGAUACCUGUUCUUGAAAAAUAUGAUGAAGUGGAUGAAUUUAAAUUUUCGUACCGUUCCGAAGCCUUGUGGAUGUACAGUGCCAGGAACCAAGCAAUGAAAGACGUACUGUGGGCGGGGGCCAGUAUGACUUUUAUAUUUCUUGUUAUACUGCUACACACCAGGUCACUAUGGAUAGCAGGAUUUGCAAUUCUGAGCAUAUUUGCUAGUUUCUUUACAGGGAACUUGAUAUAUAACCUUGUCAUUCGUUUCGAAUACAUUGGCUACUUUCAUAUUCUGUCGUUAUUCAUUAUUCUCGGAAUAGGGGCCGACAAUGUGUUUGUGUUUUAUGAUAUAUGGCGGAAUACAGCAUGCGAUGAAUAUCUGUCCGUGGCUCAUAGAUUGUCAGACUGUUAUAAAAGGUCGGUUUUCAGUAUGCUGAUUACCUCCCUUACCACAGCCGUGGCCUUUCUAUCCAGCGCAAUCACACCCUUGCUGGGAACCAGAUCGUUUGGUGUGUUUUCAGCACUAGUUGUUGUGGUGAACUAUCUGUCAGUCAUACUCUAUUUCCCGACAGUAGUUAUUAUGUAUCACACUUACUUUGAAAAUGCCACAUGGCCGUGUUGUUACCCUUGUCUAAAGCGCACUGAUAAAGAAUCAGCAGACGACAAUCAGAACAACAAGAAAGACUCCUCCAAUCACAUCAACAAGAAAACCCGUGCUAUACCAGAUGGUGAAUCAAAUAUAACGGAGGAAGAUCCUGCAGACGAAAUAUUCGCUUCGAGACUAAAUCCGGUGUAUGAGCCCGAUGACCCUGUAAAUACAGAAUCUCAUUGGUCGAAAUAUUUUAACUAUUCUGUCGCAAAAAUUGAAAGCUCAACAGUGUAUUCUAAUGGUAGACCUCAAAAAUAUGGAUAUCAGUUGUAUGAAGGAAAUCCAAGAAACGGUCGUUGGAGGCCAGUGAGCAAUGAUCCUAUGUACGCAAACAACUGUCAGUAUCCUCAUGAACAUCCUUCACAGCCUGAAAGAAAUGGUGAUGUACAAAAGAAAAGUGCUCCAAAGCACGACGUUUUCCCGGAGAGACAAAACCAUAAACUUAACCAGACAUUACCUGAAAACGAUGACUCCAACACUAGACAAAUAAACCGAAAGCGGAAAAAGAAGUCACCAUUUGUUCGUUUCUUCCGGAAUUACUAUUUCCGGUUUGUUACGCACAAGUUUGCAAGAUGGCUGAUACUUCUGAUACUAGCAGGAGUGUUGGCUUUCUUCAUAUACCAGGCGUCUAAGAUUGAACCUGAUAAGGAACUGUUCAAUGUAUUACCAGACGACCACCCCUACAUGAGUGCCUACAGGCAUAAACUGUACUCGUUCGUGACCAGCUUCGGACAAGGAAACGCAUUAUUGUCUGUUCAUCUUCUGUUCGGUGUGAAACCAAACGACAUAUCAGUCUGUCACUUCUCAGACCCCGUAUGCUUUGGAAAGCAAGGAUGGGAUCCAAACUUUAAUCCAAACACUGACGAGGCCCAAAAGGCAUUGCUAGGAUUAUGCGAGACAUUACGAACUAUUUCCAGUGAGGAAGCGGACGAAUUGCACAUUCAGAAAAAUUCUAUCACUGGAAAAUACAACAUCAAAUGUUUCAUGGACAAUCUGCAAGCAUUUCUAGAGGAGGAAUCUCAGAGAGAUGGUGCAAACUGGAGUCUACCGUUCACCAAAGAGAAAGUUGACAGUUUUACCGCCACAAGACCUCAGUUCUUCAACGCCAGUGUUUUCUCAGCCGAAUACAAUAACAAUCUAGAAAUUCCAAUAUCAUACUGGCUGACCAACAGAUACACCGGGGAUUACACAAACGAUUUCAAAAUAUUUGACUCUUUGAUCGGGGAGGAACUUGGACCCUUCAGUUCAAGUGUCAACAAUAAUAAAGAUUUCAUGUAUGGAAACAAUUUGAAGUUUGUAGCAGUUUCUGUGGGUACGGACAUACAGGCAAUGCUUCUUGGUUACGAAGAUGGGGACAUUAUAAUGGAAAAAUGGGAACAAUUUCUAAACGCACAGCUAGAUAAAAUGCCUAAAGAACUGAAGACUGGCUUUCAGAUGUCCUCACACGAACGUUGGGUGUGGAUAACAAGACAAAGGUUACUUGUAAAUAAUGCUAUCUACGGCAUCGUUAUUGGGCUGUGUCUCGCCUGUCCCAUUUUGAUCAUUGCUACUGGGAACUUGAUCACCGGACUACUUGCUACAUUUUCCCUGUGCUGUACUACUGUAUGCGUGGUGGGGGUUAUUGUGUUAGGAGGCUGGAAACUUGGGAUGAUCGAGGCGAUGAAUAUGUGUAUGGUAGUAGGGUUAUCUGUGGACUAUGUUGUUCAUCUUGCGGAGGGAUACACGCUCUCGCUACAUCACGAUCGGCUGUCGCGUGUUCGAGAUAUGCUGGAUUUAAUGGCGGUAUCUGUAUUUUUUGGAGCCUGCACAACCAUUGGAGCAUCAAUUUUUAUGUUAUUCACAGUUCUUUCGUUCUUUUCACAAUUUGCAACAUUUCUACUUUCAACCAUAGGAUUUUCAUUGUUGUUUUCAAUGGGACUUUUUGUUACGCUUCUCGGGAUUUUUGGACCGGAAGGAGAGACAGGAAAUGUAAUAGCUAUUUUCAGACGAAUUUGUGGUCAGAGAAAACAGCGUCGUCGCAGCAGAAGAGAACUUGGAAAAUAGCAAACCUGUUAUUUAGGAGAAAUCCAUCUCAAUAAUAUUAUCAUACGGACCCUACUUGCAUACCAGACGGUGAUUUCUUGUGAUUUCACUGGUGCUUACACCUCGGGGUGUAAGAUGACUCGAUCUCUUCCUAUAUAUAACGUAUUACAAACUGCAUUUAUGUAGAAAAUAUACGUAGUAAUUUAUAUUUUAUUCAGUCAUAAAACGGAAUAAAAUCAAAUACCUUGUUCCUUAUAGCAUAUUUCUCAAUUCACAAAACGUUAUUUUAUCAAAAAAUACAUAACGUUAAGCUGCAAGUGAUGAAACAAAACUGGUACUAAACAUUGCUAUUUGUCUUUGAAACAUCAUGACGUCUUUCCUGCUUCCGGACGUUGAUUUCCCGCGCUUUGUUCAAAUACGCUGCUAUAAGGCAAUAGUUAUGUAAAGGAAGUCGUUCGUUUGAUUGUAUUACUACAAUUAUUUCUUGAAUAUGUUAUGCAAGAAAAAGAUUCUUUCACUGGCUGAAGGUGCAGAUGGUAAUAUCCGGCUCUCGGGUAGCUGUUUUUACGCGGUAACUCGGCAGAUCCUCGUUACCGCCGUAAACAGUUACCCUUGGACCGGAUAUUCCAAUAUGCACGUACAACCAGUGAAAGAAUCUUUUAAUCUUGUACCCUCAUGGUGCUCGAUUCUAUUAGAAAAUCGUGUAUAUAUUUUAAGCCAUCGUAGCAGUGAUUAACCGUACUUCAAAACGUCUUUUUAAUGUCUUUUUUGCCUUAUAUAUCAGACGUGUUGCCAAAACUAACAUUACUCAGACCAGGAUGAAUCUUUUAAAUCUGUGUUUCCUUAUACAUAAUUAUACAAAUGUAUUUUGCUGAUGGUAACUUACUGGCGCAAAGAAAAAUCAAGAAAAAAUGUGCACGAAUGCAGUACAACGUUUACCUAAAUAACAUAGAAAUCACGUUGCGAGAGUAUGCCCAUGCUUACUAGAUAUCAUUGGUGAAAUAUUGUGUAACUGUCUUUGUUAUUGUAGGAACUUUAUCCCUUACCCUGCUAAAUUUAGAUAAUGAACUUGUCCAUCUUUCAAUUUGGACAGUACCAUUAGCUAUUAAAAGGAGUGCGUAUCUAAAAGAUAUUGACUGAAUGGCGAACAGUGCCGAUCAUGAUCAGACUGCACGGGUGUGCAGGCUGAUCAUGAUCUACACUGGUCGCAAAGGCAGAAUCAAUCGUGUCCAGUGUGAGAAGUGUUAAACAUGUUAAAAGGGACACACUUCUAGAUACAAGCCAAACUUCAAAAAUAGUAAUUGUAUACAAAAGAGUUAAAAAUAAAUCAGUUAGAAGUCCAUGAAACUAUUGUAUUAAAUACACGGUUGCUGUCUACUCUGUUACACACCAAAAUGGUGGCGUAAAAUAGUAGGAAUUUCGCAACUUUUGGCUUCAUUUAUAUAAAUAUGAUGAUGCUGCAAGCUUUUUACAGAAAAAAAUAUAUAAAUAUAUAUGUCAUGUACACAUGCCUAAAUACCCCUUCAGACCAGUUCAUUGUACCCCCCGACAACAAAGUUGUAAGGGGGAGGAGGGGGUAUACUGGUUUCAGGUUGUCUGUCUGUCUGUCCGUCCGUCUGUCUGCAUGUCCGUAGACACAAUCAUGUGCGCACCAUUUCUCCUCAUCCCCUUGUCACAAUUUAAUAAAACUUCACACAAGUGAUCAGUAACAACAGUAGUUGUGCAUGGGGCAUGUUAGGUUCUUUCAGAAUUUUUUUUGCAGAGUUACGGGACUUUGUUUUUUGUUACUAUACUAUAUACAAAGACACAAUCUUGUGCGCACCAUCUCUCCUCAUCCCCUUGACACAAUUUAAUGAAACUUCACACAAGUGAUCAGUAACAACAGUAGUUGUGCAUGGAGCAUGUUAGGUUCUUUCAACAACAAAAAUUGCAGAGUUAUGGGACUUUGUUUCUUGUUAACAUACUAUGUACAUACAGUCUGUAUAUGCAAUCUUGUGCGCGCCUAUCUUCCGAACCCCUGCACACAAUUUAAUGAAACUUCACACAAGUGAUCAGUACCAACCCUAGUUGUGCAUUGUGCAUGUUACGUUCUUUUAGAUAAAUAUUCUGCAUAGUUAUGGGACUUUGUUUUUUGUUACUAUACUGUAUAUAUACAUACAGUAUAUAUACAUUCAGUCCACAUAAUUAUGCAAUCUUGUGUGCGUCAAAUUGCAAUGUACUGUGUCAGUGCAUGCGGGUGGUACAUUCAUCACCUUUAGUGAUAGCUCUAGUUUUCUUUGUGUAUAUCAUACUGACAUUCUUAUAAGCAGAAUUUAUUUUAUUAUGUAUUCAAUAUAUGAUAUCGAUUGGUAAGCGUAAUACUGGUCCAAGUGACAUUGUUCACAGAAUCACGUUUUAAGCUCGAUGUCCGACGUCUGGCUGUCUGUCAACAUUUAGCUUGUGUAUGCAAUAGAGGCUUUAUUUUUCAAUUGAUCUCCAUGAAAUUUGGUCAGAAUGAUUGCCUUGAUGAAAUCUAGGUCAAGUUCUAAUAUGGAUAAUCUUGGAUCAAAAACUAGGUCACAAGGUUAAAUCAAAGAAAAACCUUGUGUAUGCGACAGAGGCUGUAUUUUUCAAUUGAUCUUCAUGAAAUUUAGUCAGAAUAAUUGCCUUGAUGAUAUCUAGGUCAAGUUAGAAUAUGGGUCAUUUGGACUAAAAAAGUAGAUCAUAUCAAAGAAAAACCUUGUGUAUGCUAUAGGGACUGCAUUUUAUGCCGGAUCUUCAUGAAAUUUGAUCAGAAUGUUUGCCUGGAUGAAAUCAAGGCCAAGUUCGAAUAUGGGACAUCUAGGGUCAAAAACUAGGUAACCCAGUCAAACUAAAGAAAAACCUUGUGUACACAAUAGGGGCUUCAUUUUAAACUGGAUAUUCAUAAAAUUUAGUCAGAAUGAUUGCCUUGAUAAAAUCUAAGUCAAGUUUGAAUAUGGGUCAAAAACUAGGUCAAUAGGUCAAAUAAGAAGAAAACCUUGUGUAUGCGAUAGAGGCUGUAUUUUUCAACUGAUCUUCAUGAAAUUUGUUCAGAAUGAUUGUGUUGAUCAAGUCUAGAUCAAGUUUGAAUAUAGGUCAUCUGGGUCAAAAACUAGGUAACUAGGUCAAAUCAAAGAACACCCUUGUGUAUGCAAUAUAGACUGCAUUUUACACUGGAUCUUCAUGAAAUUUGAUCAGUGUUUGUUUGGAUGAAAUCUAGGUCAAAUUCCAAUAUGGGUCAUCUAGGGUCAAAAGCUAGGCCACCCGAUCAAAUUAAAGAAAAACCUUGUGUAUGCAAAAGGGGAUGCUUUUUACACUGGAUAUUCAUAAAAUGUAGUCAGAAUGAUUGCCUUGAUAAAAUUUACGUCAAGUCUGAAUAUGGAUCGUCUGGGGUCAAAAAUAAGUUCACUAGGUCAAAUCAAAGAAAAACCUUGUGUAUGCGAUAGAUGCUGUACUUUUCAAUUAAUCUUCAUGAAAUUUGGUCGGAAUAAUUGCCUUGAUCAAAUCUAGAGCAAUUUCGAAUAUAGGUCAUCUGGGAUCAAAACUAGGUCACUAGGUCAAAUCAAACAAAAAUAUUGUGUAUGCAAUAGGGACUGCAUUUUACACUGGAUUUUCAUGAAAUUAGGUCAGAAUGCAUAUGGUUGCCUUGAUGAAAUCUAGGUCAGGUUCGAAUAUGGGUUAUUUGUGGUCAAAAACUAGGUCACCUGAUCAAAUCAAAGAAAAAGCUUUUGUACGCAGUAGGGCUGCAUUUUACACUGGAUAUUCAUAAAAUUUAAUCUUUUUUUUUUUUUUGGUUUAACGCCGUUUUUCAACAGUAUUUCAGUCAUGUAACAGCGGGAAAAUUUAAUCUAAAUGGCUGCCUGGAUGAAAUCUAGGUCAGGUCUGAAUAUGGGUAAUCUGGGGUCAAAAACUAGGUCGCAAGGACAAAUCAAAGAAAACCUUGUGUAUGGGACUGCAUUUUACAGUACAUCUUCAUGAAAUUUGAUUACAAUGUUUGUCUUGAUGACCACUAGGUCAAUUUUGAAUUUGGGUCAUGUUGGGUCAAACUUAGGUCAUCCUGCCAAAUCAAAAGAAAAGCCUGAUAACACUUUAGAUGCCACGUUUAUGACCGUAUCUUCAUGAAAUUUGAUCAAAAUGUUUAUCUUGAUGAUCUUUGGCCCAACGUCGAAUCUGGGUCAUCUUGGGAAGCAAUAACUAGGUCACCUAUUAAAUUUAAAGAAAAACCUUGUGUAUACAAUAGGGGCUGCACUUAUUCAUUUUAAGUGUAUGAAACUUUGUCAGAAUGUUUCUCUGCAUGAAAUCUCAGAUUAAUUUUUAUCUGGGUCACGUGGGUUAAAAACUAGGUCACAAAGCAAAUCAAAGAAUAAGCUUGUUGACACCAUAGGGGCCACAUUUUUUAUUCUAUCUUCAUAAAACUUUAUCAUAAAGUCUUGAAUGAUUUAGAAUCUGGGUCAACUGGGGCCAAAAAUUAGGUCACAAUGUCAAAUCAAAGGAAAAGCUUGUAUACACUCUAAGAGGCCACUUUUUUGCUCCAAUCAUCCCAAAACUUUAUCAGAAUGUUUGUUUUUAUGGAAUCUUGGACAAGCACGAAUCUGGGUCAUGUGUGGUCAAAAAGUAGGUCACUAGGUCGAAUCAAAGAAAAUACUUGUUUACACUUAAGAGACCACAUUUUUGGUCCAAUCUUAAUGACAAUUGGUCAGAAUAUUUGUUUCCAUGAAAUCACUAGGUCAAACAUGUUUACACUGUUAUGGUGUGUUUCUCAGGUGAGCGACCUAGGGCCAUCUUGGCCCACUUGUUACAUAUUUUACAAGGUAAGAUCAGAUACACAGUAAAAAAAGUCAAGGAAACUCGGCAAAGUCAAGGAAUUUGUUUCACAGGAGGCUGAGCCUAAAACGAUUAUUCCAUUUGUAAAAUGCAGAAACAAUAAAAAGAUAAGGCAGUUUCUUCGACUUAGUCUAAAACAAGCAUUUGUAUAAAUAUUUCUGUUAGCACUAUGAUAUAUAAUAGGGUUAUUAUAACAGUAGCUUGAUCUGGGAUGCAGUAUUCGGCUCGAGUGGAUUUUGUCAGAUCGGAUCUCACGAGGCGCGCAAGCGCCGAGUGUGAUCCGACCUUGCAAAAUCCACGAGAGCCGAAUACAAAGUCCCAGAUCUUGCUACUGUUAUAAUGACCCUUUUAUUAUAUACCUUUACCAUUUUGAUUCUUGUUUUGUUCUUGAACGAAAUCUUCAAUGUUUAUCGAUAUUAAAUGGAACUUAGUGAAGUUUUUAUGUGCGCUAUUUAUAGAAAUGUGUCGGGUCAUGCAUAUUAAUGAAAAUAGUCCGGCAGCAUACAAUACGGAAGGUACAAUACGGAAUUUAAAAGGUACAAUACGAAAUUUUUGCCUGUCUGUUCAUAUUUAAUUGUGAAAUACAAGCCGAUUUUUUACAGAAUUUAUAUAGGUAUAUAAUAAAUAUAUUUAUUUCACAUUUAACAAAUUAUAGUUUAUCUGUUAUUAAGUCUGUUUAAAAAUAUUUUAGAAAUCUUAUAGAAAAAAUAAGACUGCAGAGAAUAAUUCUGUAAAUGUAAGCUCAUUUUCUUUCUAUUUUCCUGGCACGGUACCAUGUUUUAUUAUAUACCUAUAUAAAUUCUGUAAAAAAUCG